CUGGUGGGGAAGGUGGACUGUUUGGACGAGAUCACCUGCAAGUCUUUGUAGUUGCGAUCCACGUCAAGAUGGUAGACAGAGAUGUCAGGUUGGAGGCCCUCUCUGUGCUCUGCAACACUCCGAUCACCUCCUUCCAGGCGCAGACCUCCAGAAACAAUCUUGCAAACUUUGGUGCGUCGACUAUGUGCGUCCAAGGGUUCAUGUCUGCAGCCAUGGGGCGAAAUGCAGGACAAAUGGGUCUCCUCAUAGACGAGGACGAGUUCUUCGACAGUCGCUACGACUUUGACUUCACUCACAUCAAAGACACUCAAACUUAUUACCGUGGUGGCGAAGUGUACCAGCGACCCUGUGGAUGGCUGCGCAUUGCUCUCAAGGUUUGGGAUAAGUAUCCAGAUGGUAACGCCUGGCUGGGAGAGCGAGGUUAUUCCACGACCACACAUUCCAAGCAUGGAGAGUGGCCGGUGUCCUACCAUGGCACAUCCAAAAAGGGCGCUCAGGGUAUCAUUGUAGCUACUUAUGAGCCGGGUCCAGGUCAGAAGUACGGAAGGGGGAUUUAUUCCACACCAUACAUGGCCAACGCCAUUGACUACAGCAAAACGUUCACCUCCAAAAAAACUGGAAAAAAGUACCAAGUGGUUUUGCAGAACCGCAACAACCCAGUGUACAGGGAGAAGCACAACAAGGGAAGGUACUGGUUGGUCCCUGUCCCCAAAGGUUUGACACAAACGGAGGAGCAGGAGCUGGUAGAGAAGGCCAUCCGUCCUUAUGCUGUACUCAUCAAACAACUGUAACAUGUUAACAAAAAAUACAGAGCAUUUCAAAUUGCUGUGGUCUU